CUAAUUUUUUUUACUUUUUUUUUUCAUGGAGGAAUAGUUUAUUGAAGGAUCUUUGGCUGUUGGUGGUGUUAUUUAUUGAAGAAUGGACCCAUUGAUCACUUUAUAUUAGGACUGUCUGUCUUUUUGUGUUGUGCCCCACUUGGCUCUUUCAACAUCUGAUAUCAUAAUAAGGUGUAUUAUUUUAUAUACUUAUGGUAAGGAUUCUAAUAGCAUUUAUACUUCAUUCAAUCUAAGAUGUGCAUGUAAUUGGCCUUAAAUGCCAUUAAUUUUACCAUCAGGGGUUGGGUCUAGCGGAAGGAGCUAGUCUCCCAUAACGUGGAGAACCAAUGUUCGAAUUCCUGCCGGGAGAGGUGCCCACAUUUAGUGUCUAACCAUACCUUGAACAGGAUUGCUUCCGAAGGAGGAGACCUGUGCAAAACCAAAAACAAAAAAAAAUGUCAUUAAUUUUAUGCAAUGUAACCUCAUGGGAUAAGGGGUGUAAUGGACUUGGAGCAUCAAAUUCACUACCUGGAAACUGAGGCUUAUAGUUCUAUUUUGAAGGCUUUCAUUGCUCAAUCUGAUCUUCUUACUUGGGGCAAAGAGGGGCUUAUGACUGAGCUGCGAAAGGAACUAAAUGUUACAGAUAUUGAACAUGGAGAAAUCCUACUGAAAAUAAAUUCAGACCAGUUAAUUAAGCAGAUAAGGGAGCAGAGGAAAUUGGCAUCUCAAGCUAAGGAUUAUAUUAAACCUAGUGCUCCUGAUUGUGUUUGUGCUUCGAUGGGAAAUUCAGUGAUAAGAAUGAAAACUCCUUCCUCUGCUGCAUUUUAUACUCAGAAGAAAAUGUCACACUGCCAAGCUUCUCUAAUUUCCACUCCCAUUCCUUCUCCAAUGCCUCCAAAAUUUAAUGAUGAUCCAUUGAAUGCUGAGUUUGCCCACGGAAAUGUGCAGCAAUCUAUGGAAAUGUUAAAUUGUAAUGUUCAGUUACCACCUGUUGGAGGAGGAAGAGGACUGAAAGGAAAGUAUCCAUUGCAGAAGGAUUUACACAGAUCUCACCUUGUCAAGUUAAAGAAAAGAUCUGAUUUAAUUCAGCUUCGUGCAACAGAUAGGGUUAUCCACGAUGUUAAGAAGAUGCUUUUCAGUAGAGGGAAACCUGACCCAGUUGAUAUUGAGAGAGCAAAAAGGACUCUUACGGAACAAGAAAUAGCUAUAACUGAAGCACUUGGUAAAGUGGCUAAUGUGUUAGAGAGGGGUGAUGCACCUAAUCAGAUGCAACGUUAUGAACUCUCUAAGAAUACUCCUGGAGGACAAGAAAUGAUGAUACAUGCUAAUUUCCGUGAACUAAUUGGUAAUGGUAGGUUGAAUAAACAUGGGGUUCAUUCUGAUCUGUGCAGUUAGGGUGAUGAUUUCAUGGCAUAGAUAUGGAGCUUUUAACUCUGAUGAGGCUAUACAACUUAUAUAGUGAUAUUGCUGGAUUGGUUUAGUGAACAGUUUACUUGUUUAGGAUUAACUAGUAGCUAACCGAUGUGAAAUGAACACUUUAAUGUGGCUUAUUUCAACACGUGCCAAAUUAUACUACUAGUCUACUACUACAAACAGCUUAUUUAAGUAUAUGCUGUAAGUUAGAAUCCAAUCUGUUCCCAUUCUCCAGGCAAUGGUUCAUAUUUCUUAUCAG